GGUUUGAUUUUCUCAGUCGUAUGCUUCAUUCUAUUCCGUUUUCUUCUUCCACGCCUCCGCCGGUAAGCUGAUCUUUUGACCGGAGCUCCAUUUCGGACGCCGAAUUCUCUCCCUUUGGCGCUGAUUUUCUUCCUAAAAAUGAAGAUUCUUAUGCUCGUAAUGCUUCUCUGCUACUCGUUCGCUUCCUCUUCCGGGGAUACAACUAUCCACACGAACAAUUGGGCUGUCUUGGUCUGCACUUCUCGUUUCUGGUUUAACUACCGGCACAUGGCCAAUACUCUGUCCCUGUAUAGGACAGUCAAGAGACUUGGAAUACCAGAUGAGAGGAUAAUUCUUAUGCUUGCAGAUGAUAUGGCAUGUAAUGCUAGAAAUGAGUAUCCAGCGCAAGUGUUUAACAAUGAAAACCACAAACUUAACCUGUACGGAGAUAACGUUGAGGUAGAUUAUCGUGGGUAUGAGGUAACAGUUGAAAACUUUUUACGGGUUUUGACUGGGCGUCAUGAGAAUGCUGUUCCAAGGUCAAAGCGUCUUCUCAGUGAUGAGGGUAGCCAUAUUCUGCUGUACAUGACUGGGCAUGGAGGUGAUGAAUUUCUUAAGUUUCAAGAUGCAGAAGAACUCCAGAGUCACGAUUUAGCAGAUGCUGUAAAACAAAUGAAAGAGAAGCGUAGAUUCAAGGAGCUGAUGAUAAUGGUUGACACUUGUCAAGCUGCCACUCUCUUUAAUCAGCUUCAAUCUCCUGGUGUUUUGGCUAUUGGUAGCAGUCUGAAAGGAGAGAACUCAUAUUCCCAUCACCUGGACUCAGAUAUUGGUGUAUCUGUUGUAGAUCGAUUUACAUAUUACACUCUCGCAUUCUUUGAGAGGCUCAAUAUCUACGACAAUGCAUCACUUAACAGUUUAUUUAGGUCCUACGAUCCGAAACUGCUAAUGUCUACUGCCUACUACCGGACUGAUCUUUACCAACCACAUCUGGUGGAGGUACCUGUCACAAAUUUCUUCGGUUCAGUUAUGGAGACCAUUCAUACUAAUUCGGCUUACAAAGCGUUCUCAAGUAAAACCUCCAAUAGUAAGAUCAAUUCCGAGAUGCCACUCAAUCAACUUUCCGAAGAUGAUGAGCUUCAGAAGGCAAACAUCCCAAACGAUGAGUUGAAAACUGAGAAGCAAAAAUGCCCAUACACACAAAUGCGGGUAGACUUGCAGGAGAAACUGGAGAAGCUUGAAAAUGUUGAUACUGUGGUCAACCUUAGCAUAGCGGUUAUGUUUAUAGUUGUAAUGGUCUCAUCAUCUUUGCUAUGAUGAUAUCUCUGUGAGCAGUUCUUAACAGAAGACAAUGAUGAACUGAUGAACCUCUGUUGUAUGAUGAUCACUGUUACAGCUUCACAUCCAUGUUCUAUUUAUUAUAUUCAUUUAACACA